AUGUUGCCAUCAUUGCCAAGCGCUCGUUUAGGAUUCGGUCCCCCACCUGAGGACAUCCUUCUGAAGAUGAUAUUAGACGACGACCAAGGAACUUUUGACACCUUAGACGAGGGCCCAUUCGUCAUUGGGUACACCUGUUGCUUUGUGCUCAUGGGUAUCCUCUUGGUGCAAUGUUUCAUCUACUUCAACCGGUUCCCAAACGACCGAAUGUGGACGAAAGCGCUGGUGUCCGUGACCUUGCUGCUAGAGACCCUCAUUACAGUCUUCGUGUUCCACGGUUUUUGGAUUGGUGCUACUCAGCGCGGAUCUAAUCUAUCUAUGGUCGUCGCCACUGGCGUUGGUGGGCAACGGUUAGACCCUGACCCUCUGUGGUCAUAUGUAGCCCUGGCGCCACUUACGGGACUUGUCUCUUCCCUAACCCAUGGUUUCUUCUGCUGGAGAAUUUGGGCUGUGAGGAAUUCCAUGAUUGUCCCUGUAUUGGUUAUGAUGGUUUCGUUGGUGCAAUUUGCGAUGGUGACUUACGGGGGCGUAGUGUAUGGCUUAGUUCCUGACCUAACCGACGACCGCCCCAUGCCAUUUUACGUCCCGGUUUGGCUAGUCGGCAGCCUUGUAUGCGACUCAGUCAUCACCGUGUACAUGACGCUCAGUCUCAUACACUGCAAUGAGAAAUCGGGUUUCAAACACACAAAGUCACUGUUCAAGAAGCUUAUCAAAUUGACCAUCGAAACCGGGCUGAUAACUACGACCGCUGCGCUCAUAGAACUUGUGCUUUCCAUUGCAUUUCGAGUAACGUUGUACCACAUUGCAUUAUUUUACAUCAUCUCAAAGUUGUAUGCCAAUUGUAUGCUGGCAACCCUGAAUUCGCGGACAUCGCUAAACAAGUCGGUCGAUCGGUUCAAGACUGCUGCCAUCUACGACGAUUGGCACUCGAGUUCUCAUUCAGGAGGAACGCCCGCGAGAAAUUCUGCCAAUGUGAUACAAAUCCAUACCAAGGUUGAAACCACCAUAGAGAUGGAUCCAUAUCCGAAUCAAAAGAAUUCCAUGGAGGUAUGAGCUACCUGUACAUGUACAAAUAUAUUCCUACAAACAUAGAAUACUAGCCAGAAAGUUAUACUUUAAAGAGCGUAAAGAAUAACUAUACAAAUCAGCCUUCCCAUGGCGUCGUAACUCCUGGUCGGCUUUACCCGCGCGGGACAGCUUUGCUGUUUCGG